AGACCAGAAGGGACAGCGGAUCUGGGCUGUGGGCCAGGAAGGGUAGAGAGGUUCGCUGGGAAGGUCAGGUGCAGGGGCCACCACUGGGUUCCUGGAACCCCACCCUGGGGGAAGGGAGGCUCCACUCGUCUCUAACUGCCCUCCCAUUCCCACAGAGCAACUGAGCCCCUAGGACGCGCCACUACCUGCUCCCGUGGGUCUGGCCUUUAGGCUGCCCUCAAGCCCAUGAACCCCAUGAAACCCACUCUGCCCCCCACACCACACAGUGAUGGUCUUUUCGCCUACGACACGGUGCCUUGGCAGCAGAGCGGAACACAGCCCGCAGGGUCCCUGUCUGUGGUCACCACUGUGUGGGGAGUGGGCAACGCGGCGCAGAGCCAGGUCUUGGGGACCCCCAUGGGCCCGGCAGGGAGCCCCCCUGGUGGCUCCAUGAUGCCCGGCAUGGGGGGCAACGGCUCCACCCUCAGCUCCCCGCAGUGCCUCGGCCAACAGGCAUUUGGUGAGGGCAGCGCCCCCAAGGGCUAUGUGCAACAAGGGGUGUACGGCCGAGGGGGCUACCCGGGAGGCCCUGGCUUCAGCACUGGGUAUGCUGGUGGUCCAGGGGGACCCACCGGUCUGGGAGUUCCCUCGCAUGCUGCCAGGCCCUCCACAGACUUCACACAGGCGGCAGCAGCGGCGGCGGUGGCUGCUGCUGCCGCUGCCACUGCCACCGCCACAGCCACAGCCACAGUAGCUGCCCUGCAGGAGAAGCAGAGCCAAGAGCUGGGCCAGUAUGGAGCGAUGGGGGCUGGACAGUCGUUCGGCGGCCAGUUUUUGCAGCACGGAGCUGCCCGUGGGCCCGGCAGUCUUGCCCCAAGCGGCGUUGGGGCGCUGAUGGGUCCCACAGGCAUGAACCCUGCACGGGCAGCAGGAAUGGCAGCCUUGUACACAAGUCAGCGCCUGCCGCAGCAAGGUUACCCUGGGCCCCCCCAGGCCCAACAGCUGUCCCGGCAGGGGGUCAAGAGGACCUACUCAAGUGAAGUGUACCCGACGCAGCAGUAUCUGCCUAACCCCGGGCAGCACCCGGCUCACAGGCAGGGCCUAGGCCAGUCUUUGCCCUCCUCAGGGCCCCUCGGGCUGCACUACAAGCCCUCGGAGCAGCUCAGCCUGCAGAGUGGAGGCUUCGGUGGGACCAGCGUUAACUACGGCCAGCCCAGCCUGAGUGGGGAUGUCAAGUCGCCCUUCCUACCUGACCUCAAGCCUAACAUGAGUGCCCUGCACCCCGCGGCGCCUGGCGGCCCCUGUGACGAGCUGAGAUUGACCUUCCCGGUGAGGGACGGGGUGGUGCUCGAGCCCUUCCGCCUGCAGCACAACCUGGCUGUGAGCAAUCAUGCAUUCCAGCUGCGGGACUCGGUGUACAAGACACUGAUGCUAAGACCUGACCUGGAGCUGCAGUUCAAGUGCUACCACCACGAGGACCGGCAGAUGAACACCAACUGGCCGGCCUCUGUGCAGGUCAGUGUCAAUGCCACCCCGCUGACCAUCGAGCGUGGCGACAACAAGACCUCGCACAAGCCCCUGCACCUGAAGCACGUGUGUCAGCCGGGCCGCAACACCAUCCAGAUCACCGUCACGGCGUGCUGCUGCUCCCACCUGUUUGUGCUGCAACUGGUGCACCGGCCAGCCGUACGCUCUGUGCUCCAGGGUCUCCUCAAGAAGCGGCUUCUGCCUGCCGAACACUGCAUCACCAAGAUCAAGCGGAACUUCAGCAGUGGCACCAUCCCUGGCACCCCGGGGCCCAAUGGUGAGGACGGUGUGGAGCAGACAGCCAUCAAGGUGUCCCUCAAGUGCCCCAUCACCUUCCGGCGCAUCCAGCUGCCCGCACGUGGUCACGACUGUCGUCACAUACAGUGUUUUGACCUCGAGUCGUACCUGCAGCUCAAUUGUGAGCGAGGGACCUGGAGGUGCCCUGUGUGCAAUAAGACGGCGCUGCUGGAGGGCCUGGAGGUGGACCAGUACAUGCUGGGCAUCCUCAUCUACAUCCAGAACUCUGACUAUGAGGAAAUCACCAUUGAGCCCACGUGCAGCUGGCGGCCAGUGCCGGUCAAGCCCGACGUCCAUAUCAAGGAAGAGGCGGAUGGGCCAGUGUUGAAGCGCUGCCGCACUGUCAGUCCCGCGCACGUUCUGGUACCCAGCGUGAUGGAGAUGGUUGCUGCCUUGGGUCCUGCAGCCACCCCCUUUGCCCCACUGCCGCCCCCUCCAGCCCCGGCACCCAGCGACUACCCCAGCCAGGGUUCCAGUUUCCUGGGACCCAGCACCUUCCCAGAUCCCUUUCUGCCCACCGCACCCAGCACCCCGACUCUUCCUGACUUUGCUGCGGGACCACCCCCCAUAUACCAGCCCGACAUGGCCAGCAGCCUCCUGGCCACCGACAAGCCUGCCCCCUGCGUACCCAGCCAGAUGGUGCCAGCUGGACACCUGGACCCUGCCCACAACCCUGCACCACCGGGACUUCAUGCCUCCAACCUGGGCGGCCCCCCAGGACCUCCACUGCACCACCCAGAUCCGCCUCCAGCCUCCCGGCCGCCUCUGCGCCAAGUGAGCGCCGGCCCAGCCUGCGAGCUGAAUUUUAACCCAGCCCCAGGUGCCAUGGGCACCCCUCUGCCUGGUGGCGGGGAAGGCCCAGAGCCAGCCCUGGAUCUACUCCCAGAGCUGAGCAACCCGGAUGAGCUGCUCCCAUACCUGGGCCCUGCGGGACUGCCCGGCAGCAGUGGUGAUGACCUCCUGGCCCUCUUCGAGAGCAGCUGAGCCUGACCAGACCUGCCCGAGAGACCUACACUGGUCCACGCUGCCCUCAGCCGUCCCACUCCUGCCCUACCCCCGUCUGUCCACUCCUGCUUGCUCCCUCCAGCUGCGUCUCGUCCACGCCCAUCCUUGUGUUCCGGCUCCUCUGGGACCCGCAGACUGAGAAGGGCUGCAGGGGGGGGGGACACUGAAGCACAAUGUCUGUGUAGGACCAGUCUCCACAUCCACCUCCUCUGGCCUCUGAACUCGGGCCCCCAGCCCGGGGAAGAGAGCACUUAGCCUGCUGUGUUUUUAAACGCCCUCCACACACACAUGCACGGACAACACACACAAGUACACAUGAACACGUAUAUUCACGCUCACACACAAGCACACAUACACUCACGCACACAGCCUGCCCAUUUGACCCUGAGGCCUGCAGCACUGGCUCAGUGCCUGGCCUCGCCCCCUACCUGUCUUAUUAAAGGUCUCCCCACC